AUGUUUCGUUUGAAAUGUGCUUUUCAAGUGUAUGAUUGGGGUAAAGUUGGAGUAAACAGUGAGGUCUACAAGCUACUGAGUCAAACUCAAGAGCUAGAUAACUUGAAGCCGUAUGCAGAGCUAUGGAUGGGGACUCAUGUUUCUGGACCAUCUUUCAUGAUGGAUAGUCCUUCAAUAUCUCUUGACGCCUAUAUUUCAAGAAAUCCACACUGUUUAGGUUCGGCAGUGUCUGAAAAAUUUGGCAAUGCUUUACCUUUUCUGUUUAAAGUUCUUUCUGUGCGAAAGGCGCUAUCUAUCCAGGCCCAUCCAGACAAGGAGUAUGCUGUCAAGUUACAUGCUAAUAGACCUGAUUUAUACAAAGAUGCUAAUCACAAACCGGAAAUAGCUAUCGCAUUAACACCUUUUGAGGCGAUGGUCGGUUUCAGACCACCCGAAGAAAUUGGUGCCUUUGCGAAACAUAUUCCUGAACUUCACGCCAUUAUUGGUCCAGAUUUUACAAAUGGCUUGUUAAAUAUCUUCACAGAUAAAACGCUUACUUCUUCGUCAAUUAAAGCCGCCUACUCUCGUUUGAUGAAUGCCGAGUCCAGUGUUGUCAGCAAUUUAGUGGAAGCUUUGAAAAGACGUCUGACUAAUGGUGAAAAGAUAAUUAUCCCACCUUUUAAAAAUUAUAUUCUUGAUACAGAAGCUCUUGGAGAGAUAUUCAUUCGUUUGGCAACAGAUUACCCUGGAGAUGUUGGUUGUUUUAGUUUGUUCUUUUUUAAUUAUUUAAAACUCAAUCCAGGAGAAGCAAUUUUUCUUGAACCUAAUUUGCCACAUGCUUAUUUAUCCGGUGAUUGCGUGGAAUGUAUGGCUUCUUCGGAUAAUGUAAUUCGUGCCGGUUUAACUCCGAAAUUCAAAGAUGUGGAUCAUCUGCUUCGAAUUAUUCAAUAUGAACCUCGAUGGGGAUCAGCAUUGAAAUUUGUUGGUCAGACGAAAAAAAUUGUACCAAUCGAUUCAGAUGUGCAUACUAGUGAUGAUCAAGAAAAGAAAUCAAUUAAAGAUGAUACAUCAGUUAUGUCUGAAAUUGUGACAUUUUCUCCUCCAGUUGAUGAUUUUGCUGUGGAUAAAAUCUCAAUAUCGGACAAGGAUAAAAUAGUCCAGUUUUCGCCAUUGAAAUCUGCCAGCAUUUUGAUUAUUAUCUAUGGGAAAGGCACAUUACAACGUUUGCAUUGGGAUCCUUUAUCCACUUCUAACACUAAGGUAGACAAUCACAGAUCAAAAUAUGCGGAUAAUUAUCCAAUGCCUUCUGCGUUUGUUUGUGAAUCUUUUGAAUACGAUCAAGGAUCAGUGUUUUUCAUCAACGCUGGAACUGCUUUCAGUGUUCAUCAAUUACAGAAAAAUGAUUCACAUUUAUUAGCAUUUCGAGCUUAUGCAAAUGUCUCCACUGACUAA